AUGGCGAUCACAUUUGUGACAGGAAACAAAAACAAGUUAGUUGAAGUUCAAGCAAUUCUGGUAGAUGUGCUACCGAAUCUGCGAUCGGAAGCAUUGGAUUUACCGGAAUAUCAAGGUGAACCGGAAUAUAUUUCUAAAGAAAAAGCCAAAAUAGCUGCUGAGCGUGUUCAAGGGCCAGUUUUAGUCGAAGAUACAUCUCUAUGUUUCAACGCUUUACACGGCCUUCCUGGCCCGUAUAUUAAAUGGUUCCUGGAUAAACUUGGACAUGAUGGUUUAAAUAAACUUCUUGCCGCAUAUGAAGAUAAGACAGCUUAUGCGCAAUGCGUUUUUUCGUUUUGUGCCGGUCCUUCAAGUGAACCGAUAGCAUUUGUAGGACGUUGUCCAGGACGAAUUGUUCCCGCCCGUGGUCCGAAUAAUUUCGGAUGGACUUCAAUUUUUCAGCCAGACGAUGAACAUGGUCAGCCCGAUAAAGAGACAUUUGCCGAAAUGGAUAAAACAAAAAAGAACAAAAUUAGUCAUCGAAUAUGUAUCUCGUCAUCAACUCAAUGCGGAUGUUCGCUGGUGAAACCUAUUCUUAAUGAAGCGAAAAUUGUCGGUGGAUUCGCGGCGCGAAACAAUUCGUGGCCAUGGAUCGUUAGUAUUCGCCGUUCCAAAAGUGAUAGUUCAUCAUCCGGUCCUGGAAGUGUCCUCUGUGGUGGAAGUUUGAUUAAUGAGAAAUAUGUUUUAACAGCUGCUCAUUGCUUUAGUAAUAUGAAGGAUUCGCAACUCUCAAACUAUUUUGCUGUGAUUGGUGCAAUAUACAGUAAUGAUACAAAUCCAGUUCGUGUCGGAUUCAAAUCUAUGAUUUUACAUGAAAAUUAUAAUGGAAACACUUAUGAAAAUGAUAUAGCUCUUUUAGAAUUGAACUAUAGUGUUUCUUUCAGUGAUUCUAGAAUUGGUUUCAUUUGUCUGCCACCGAAUAAUCAAGUGACAUACCCAUACAGUGGAAUGAAUGCCACAGCAAUCGGUUGGGGACGAUUGCAGAGUUCCGGCACUUCAGCUUAUACUCUUCAGCAAGUGCAAUUGCCGAUUCUCCCAUAUACAGAUCAAUAUUGUUAUGAUACUGUUUACAACAAUGGUAUUCAGUUCUGUGCUGGAUACGACCAGGGAGGAAAGGACACAUGCCAAGGUGACAGUGGUGGGCCAUUGAUGACCCAUGAUGCAAAUAGUGAUACAUGGCUAAUUGCAGGAGUCACUUCCUAUGGACAAGGAUGUGCCUUGCCAGAACAUCCUGGCGUUUAUACUCGAGUGAGCAUGUAUGUGAAUUGGAUAAAUAGUCGUUUGAAUGGCACUACCAACGGAUCUCAAGCACUAGUGAAAGGUGCAUCGAAUCAAUUUUUGCUUCUUCCAUGGCUUAUUAGUCUUUGUUUUUCGUACAUAUUUAUUCAUAUUUGA